GUGCUGAGGAUUGAACUCUGUGCCUCCCACGUGCUAGGCAAGCUCUGCCACUGAGCCACACCCCAGCCCUGUACUUAUUUACUACGGUUACUUCUGGACAGGGGACAGAAUUCGCUAUUUGUUUCCCUUUGACCUGAAGACAUCAUGCAGUCCUUUCUUAUCCAUCGCAAAUCUUUCCAGCUACUGCUACCGGCCAGCGGGGACGUGAAAGUCCUACACUCGAAAUAACUCGGGCCGGGCCKCCGCCGUAGCCGCGCCGACCGCCACUGGGCACCGUGAAGACGUUCAGUGGCCAAGUUGGUGCCACGCAGUUUCACAACCACUACGAAAGCCCACUUCGUCCUCCUAACACCCUAAGCAGGCACCGCCAACGUCAGGAACAGCACCACCGCUUCUCUCGGGUCUCCUUUCCGAAACCCUGCGACCCUGGCCUUGUCAGUCUCUGAUCUGCCGGUCCCGGGACCUCUGACAGCCUCCGCGCGGUCCGCGAAAGCGAUUGGCCCGCGUAGCGCAGCCAAUCGGUGGCGCGGGGCGGGGCGUCGCCUUCCGAAGGUUCCCGCCCCGCUCCACGCUCCUUUUCUCCGCCCCGCCCCUCGCUACUUGAUCUGUUGGAGGCCACCGGUGGCCAUUUUGGGUUCGGGCGGAAAAGAAAUUAAAAGUGUACGGUGAAGAAACUAAAAUUUUAAAUCCAGACCAACGCCCMUUCCAUCCAAAACGUGAUAGAGGUGAUAUCGCCACGUGAUAUAACCAACUUAGCUGCGGAGGGCCGUGAUGGAAACGUAGGGCCGUCCUGGCGCCCACACUCAAGAUGGCAGCGGCCUGAGAGUCACCUGUGCGGCGCUCUACCUCGGUUCCGGAUCCCUUUGGCUUUGAAGAGGAGCUGCAGAACGGCCUUGCUGCCUAAGGGAUGGGAUCAGAGAACAGUGCUUUAAAAAGCUAUACGCUGAAAGAGCCACCAUUUACUUUGCCCUCUGGACUUGCUGUUUAUCCUGCUGUGCUGCAAGAUGGCAAAUUUGCUUCAGUUUUUGUAUAUAAAAGAGAAAAUGAAGACAAAGUUAAUAAAGCUGCCAAGCACUUGAAGACACUGCGUCACCCCUGCCUGCUGAGAUUCCUGUCAUGUACCGUGGAAGCAGAUGGCAUUCAUCUGGUCACUGAGAGAGUGCAGCCUCUGGAAGUGGCCUUGGAAAGGCUGUCUUCUGCAGAGAUUUGCUCUGGGAUCUAUGACAUUCUGCUGGCUCUCAUCUUCCUUCACGACAGAGGACACCUCACACACAACAAUGUCUGCUUAUCAUCUGUGUUUGUGAGUGAAGAUGGGCACUGGAAGCUAGGAGGAAUGGAAACUGUGUGUAAAGUUCCUCAGGCCACUCCCGAGUUUCUGAGGAGUAUUCAGGCAGUCAGAGACCCGGCGUCUAUCCCUCCUGAAGAGAUGUCUCCAGAGUUCAGCUCUCUCCCGGAGUCCCACGGACAUGCCCGGGAUGCCUACUCGUUUGGAACACUGGUGGAAGGCUUGCUCACAGUCUUACGUGGACAGGUUUCAGCGGACGUGCUCUCCAGCUUCCAGCAGACCUUGCUCUCAACUGUGCUGCAUCCCAUCCCUCAGUGUCGGCCGGCGCUCUGUACCUUACUGUCCCACAACUUCUUCAGAAAUGAUUUUCUAGAAGUUGUAAAUUUCUUGAAAAGCUUAACAUUGAAGAGUGAAGAGGAGAAAACUGAAUUCUUCAAAUUUCUGCUGGAUAGAGUCAGCUGCUUGUCAGAGGAAUUAAUAGCUUCGAGGUUGGUACCUCUUCUGCUGAAUCAGUUGGUGUUUGCAGAGCCGGUAGCUGUCAAGAGUUUUCUUCCUCAUCUGCUUGGCCCCAAAAAAGAUAAUGCACAGGGAGACACGCCUUGCUUGCUCUCGCCAGCCCUGUUCCAGGCGCGGGUGAUCCCCGUGCUGCUUCAGCUGUUCCAGGUUCAUGAGGAGCACGUGCGGCUGGUGCUGCUGUCUCACAUCGAGGCCUACGUGGAGCACUUCACUCAGGAGCAGCUCAAGAAAGUCGUCCUGCCGCAGGUGUUACUGGGCCUUCGUGACACCAGCGAUUCCAUUGUGUCAAUUACUCUUCAUAGCCUCGCAGUGCUAGUCUCUCUCCUUGGACCAGAAGUGGUUGUGGGAGGAGAAAGAACCAAGAUCUUCAAGCGUACUGCCCCAAGUUUUACUAAAACUGUUGACCUUUCCCCACAAGAUUCUCCUCUGCACGUCGGCUGCAGCCAGCACAGUCAGAUCUCGCCAGCCUUGGAGAAACCUUCUAUCAUAUUCCCUAAGUGCUUCCUUUCUGGCAACAUGCCCAUCAGCAGCAAGAAGUCCAUACAGCAAGAUUACUACAGUACUCUUUUACAGACAGGUGAUCAGUUUUCUCAGUCUGUUAAAUUUCCCAUGAACGGAAUCUCAGAUGUCAAAAGUACUUCAGGAGACAGUGAAAAUUUCCCAUCAGACCCUAAGAAAUCUGAGGAGUGGCCUGACUGGAAUGAACCUACGGAGCCUGAGAACCAAACCAUGGGCACACAGAUCUGGCCUCCAGAACCCUGUGAUGCUGCUGCCGAGGAGCCCAGAAGUGGAGGGGCUGGAAUAAACCUGGGAGCUGGGAUCCCCGCUGCAGUACCUGUGACUUCAGGGGAGCAGACGCCCAUCCCUGCUUCACUGCCCCUCACUGAGGAACCURCACCUUUGAAAUCAAGCCCACCCCAAAAGACCAGUUUAGCACAGAGUGACCCGGACAAAAUCAAGCCACCAAAAGUGCUGUCACAAGAAAGGCCCCUUAAACUUCCAUCAGAACUUGGCUUAGGAGAAGAGUUUACAAUCCAAGUGAAAAGGAAGCCAGCACAAGACCCUGAGUUGGACUGGUUUGCAGACAUGAUCCCAGAAAUUAAGCCUUCAUCCACGUUUCUUAUUUUACCUGAACUGAGGACAGAAACGGAUGAUGUCUCGCCUGGGAUGCAGUUUUCCUCAAAAUUUGCUGCAGCAGAAAUGAGUGAAGCAGAGGCUGAAGGCUGGGGAGAAGAAGGGGAGCUGAACUGGGAAGAUAAUAACUGGUGACAACGGGUAUGAGCUGAACUUUAGGAGCAAUGAUUCCUUUAAAAAAAAAAAAAAAUCAAUACCUCAAAACCAGGCUGUGUGGACAAAGCCCUUUUGCAGCCUGUGCUUCCUAUGCCAGGAGCUCUCUUCACAGUCUGUGCCAACUGACGUGAGACCAACCUCAAGUGCUGACUGGACGCGCGCUGAGUGGUCGGGAGGCUCAGCACAGGUUCCUGGGAGGAGGAGCCCGUGUGCAUUUGACUGAGGCCAGUUUCCAUGAAGAGCAAGCGGGCGAGGCCAGGCCAAGCGGACUGCCUCUUCCAGGACAGUCCUGGAAGUCAAGA